UGGUGGCCAUCAUGUCCUUGCUUGGGGUCUUCCUGAUGCUCUGGGGUCUCUCUCUGGCCCCAGAGACCAAGGCAAGUCCAGUAAUAGAGACCCGGCCGAACCUGUGGAUAGAGGCCACAUCGCUGCUGGAACCCUGGGCCAAUGUGACACUGACGUGCCAGGCCCGAUUGGGGACCACAGACUUUGAGCUCUUCAAGGAUGGGGUAACCCAGGAACUUGUGCACCUUGGCUUCCCUGCCAUGGAGCACCGGUUCCCCGUAGGAGCAGUGACAAAUGACACCCGGGGCCUCUACCGCUGCCGCUCUGGCUUGCACAGUGGAUGGACAGAGCUGAGCAACCUCCUGGAGGUGACUGGCACAGAGAGCCUGCCCCCUCCUCGGCUCUCGGCCACGCCUGUGUCCUGGAUCACACCCGGCCUGGAGACGAAACUGCUGUGCCAAGGGGCAUUUCGGGGUGUGACCUUCCUGCUGAGGCUGGAAGGCGAUGACGAGUUUCUGGAGGUGGCUGAGGCCCCUACCCACGUGGAGGCCGCCUUCCCGGUGCAUCGGCCUGGCAGCUACAGCUGCAGCUACCGGACCCACGCAGCGGGUGCAGCCUCUGAGCCCAGCGCUCCUGUGACCGUCAAGGAGCCCGGCGCACCGUUGCCGCCCAGGCUGAGUCUCAGGGGAGGCUCGGUAGCCAUGAUACACCCGGAUUCCCCCCCGACGUUCAUCUGCAUGGCGCCCCUACGCGGCGUGCACUACCAGCUGAGGCGGGGCGAGGAGGUGCUUGAAGUACCCAGGAUCGCCGUCAGCUCAGACAGCAGCUUUUUUGAAAUGAAGGCGGUGGCUCUGGGCGACGGUGGCUUCUACACCUGCCGCUAUCAGCUGCGUGGCCAGCAAACCUGGUCCGCGGACAGUGAGCCCGUCGAGAUGCUGCUCAGCGACGAGACGCUCCCGGCGCCGGAGCUCUCGGCGGAGCCCGAGGCUCUGCGGCCCGCGCCCGGCGCGUCCGUGCAGCUGCGGUGCCUGGGGCCCCGGGCCGGCCUGCGCUUCGCCCUGAUGCGCGAGGACCACGGCCAGCGCUACGUGCGCAGUGUCCUGAGCCCCGCGGGCACCGAGGCCCGCUUUGAGCUGCGCGACGUCUCGGUGGCGGACUCGGCCAACUACAGCUGCGCCUACGCGGACACUGCGCCCCCCUUCGCGGGCUCGGCGCCCAGCGCGCCCUUGGAGCUACGCGUGGACGGGCCCCCUCCCAGGCCCCAGCUCAGGCCCCUGUGGAGCGGGGCGGUGACUCCGGGCCGCGAUGCGGUCCUGCACUGCCAGGGCCAGGUGCCGGACGUCACGUUCGAGCUGCUGAGGGCCGGCGAAAACGAGGCUUUGACCAAGACCUUCACCACCCACCGCUCAGCAGACCUUGUGCUGACCUACGUGGGGCCCCAGCACGCGGGCAACUAUACCUGCCGCUACCGCAGGUGGGGGCCCGAUGCCUUGGUGUCCGAGAUGAGCGAGCCGGUGGAGCUCCAGGUUGCAGGAGGCUGAUCCAGCUGCAGACUCGGGCUCCUUGGCAAGUACUUGCUCUCAUCUGGCGCUGACCCCUCAUGCUGCGGCUGGAGGCUGGACUCCCCCUGGGGGUGGUGGAGGACUGUCCCUCAUUGCUCCUGGGAAUCAAUAAAUGUGAAGAGAGACUUUAAAA